AUGAAUGACAAUACAUAUCAAAAUAGAACAGAAAAAGAUGUGCAUAAUUUCUCUCAACGUCCAAAUGCACUGAAGAAUGGGAACAAAUAUCAAAAUGGAUUAGGAGAACGCGAAUAUAAUUUCACAGAACGUUCAUAUGUAUUAAAAAAUGAUAACAAAUAUAAAGAAUCUAACAAACUAACUUAUAAUGUCAAGUCUAAAAAACCACAGAAUGUAUCAGAAUAUAUGGAUAAUUGUAAAAAAACAAAUGAGACAGAUAGUGAAAAUGAUAAAAAACGUAAGUUACAAAAUAAAUCAUCCGAUAUAGAUAAUUUGGAUGAAAUGAUGUCUGAAUUUAAUGAUUCCCAUUUUUCCCUUAAAUCUGUUAUCUGGAAAAUGAUUAAAAAAAAGGAUAAAAAAUAUGAAGAAGAUUUAAUAAAGUUGUUGAGACCUUAUUUUUUUAAGCACUAUUAUGAUGGAAAAAAAAGAACUAUUAAAUCACGGAUAAGCCGUACUUUUAAACAUUUUAGAUUCGUUUCUUCAUUAUUGCCAUUAUCGAUAUCAAGUACGCUCCUUUUUGUGUGGAAUAAUCUCCCACAAGCAAUUAUAUCUCUUCUGAUACUUAUUGCAACGUUAAUAUAUUUUGUUUACAAAUUAAUAAAAUGCAUUAAAAUUGUUAAAGCUGCAGCUGCUCAGAAUCCUCAUUUAACAUAUUUGGACUUUGAGAAAAAUAAAAAUAAAAAAAGUGUCUUUCUUCUUUUAAAAAAUAUUAAAAAAAUUUAUGACUAUAAGAAUGCUAAAGAGAAUUAUAACUAUAAGAAUGCUAAAGAGAAUUAUAACUAUAAGAAUGCUAAAGAGAAUUAUAACUAUAAGAAUGCUAAAGAGAAUUAUAACUAUAAGAAUGCUAAAGAGAAUUAUAACUAUAAGAAUGCCAAAGAGAAUUAUAACUAUAAGAAUGCUAAAGAGAAUUCUAAUUUUGAAUAUGAUACAGAAAAUUCUAAUUGUGAAUAUGAUACAGAAAAUUCUAAUUUUGAUUAUGAUACAGAAAAUUCUAAUUUUGAUUAUGAUACAGAAAAUUCUAAUUCUGAUUAUGAUACAGAAAAUUCUAAUUCUGAUUAUGAUACAGAAAAUUCUAAUUCUGAUUAUGAUACAGAAAAUUAUAAUUCUGAAUAUGAUACAGAAAAUUUAGAUAUGGAGGAUAACUGA